UAAACAUUUGUUAAAAUUCGAAAAAAAAAGUUUAAGAGAAAUUGGGAAAUGGCGGGAGCUCAUCCAGAGCAAAAACUUCAACACUAGCAAGUUUCUGAUUUCACAAAGAUUGUAGAACAAGUUUCACAUUUUUCAAUUAAGCUCCACAUAACUGUCUCUCCCUACUUCUCCCGACUGUAAUUCCGGCGACGCCAACACCAGUUUAGUUAUGGAGGACGCUGCCGCUGCCGCUGCCGCUGCCGCCGCCACUUCCGAAGCUUCAGUUCGCCGCUCGAAACGAACUAGGGCUGGGAAGUUGAAUCGUGAACCUGUAGAACAAAGCCCUACUGAUCCCGAUGCGGAAGACUCUUUCGACGAUUUUGAGGAGGUUCGCCCCAAAAUCAAGCGGAACCGCGCUGUUGAGGCUUCAACCAGUGUUAAUUUCGAACAGAUUAGCUUGAUUGAGGCCAUCAGAGGGAGCAGGAAAAACAUACCUCCUGUAGUCAAGGUUUGGGUUGAGCGUUAUGAAAAGGAUCCUAAGCCAGCAAUGGUUGACCUUUUGGCUAUGUUGUUUGAGUCAUGUGGUGCAAAGUAUCGCAUAGAAGGUGAUCCUUUUGAGGAGACUGAUGUUGACAAUGUAGUGCUUGCUUUGGUGAACCUUGCAAGGAAGGGUGAAGUUGAGGAUUACCAAAGCUCAAAAAGGAAGGACUUCAAUAACUUAAAAGACAACCUUGUUUACUUUUGGGACAAUUUAAUCAUUGAAUGUCAGAAUGGACCAUUAUUUGAUGGGGUUCUGCUUGAAAAGUGCACAGACUAUGUGAUUGCUUUGUCAUGUACUCCACCUCGAAUUUAUCGUCAAGUGGCUUCUUUGGUUGGCCUUCAGCUUGUCACAUCAGUCAUCACCAUUGCGAAAAUGCUCGGAUCACAGCGUGAAACCACUCAGAGGCAGUUAAAUGCAGAAAACAAGAAAAGAGCAGAGGGCCCUCGAGCAGAGUCUCUUAAUAAGAGAUUGAUGACUACACAUGAAAAGAUAACUAUUAUGGAUGAGAUGAUGGACAAGAUAUUUAAAGGGCUAUUUAUGCAUCGAUAUCGUGAUAUUGAUCCCAAUAUCCGAGUGUCUUGCAUACAGUCUUUGGGUUUCUGGAUCUUGUCUUACCCAUCACACUUCCUGCAGGAUAGAUAUCUGAAGUAUCUUGGAUGGACAUUGAAUGACAAGAGUGCUGGUGUGAGAAAAGCUUCUGUUGUUGGAUUGCAAAGCCUGUACGAAGUCGAUGAUAAUGUCCCAUCCCUGGAUCUCUUCACCCAACGAUUUUCCAAUAGGAUGAUUGAACUUGCUGAUGACAUUGAUAUCUCUGUGGCUGUGUGUGCCAUAGGACUUGUGAAACAAUUGCUAAGGCAUCAGCUUUUACUGGAUGAUCACUUAGGUCCUUUGUAUGACCUGCUUGUUGUUGAGCCCCCAGAAAUUAGGCGUGCGAUAGGGGAGCUGGUUUAUGAUCACUUGAUUGCUCAGAAAUUUAACCGUUCGCAGUCUCACCCAAAAGAUAGCGAGUCUUCUCUCGUUACUCUUAGUCGAAUGUUACAAAUACUGAGAGAAUUCUCAAAGGAUCCUAUUCUAAUAACUUAUGUCAUUGAUGACGUCUGGGAGUACAUGAUGGCCAUGAAAGAUUGGAAGUGCAUAAUUUCUGCACUACUGGAUGAAAAUCCUUCAAUUGAGCUUACUGAAAUUGAUGCAACAAAUUUGAUCCGGCUUCUUUUUGCAUCUGUCAAGAAGGCUGUUGGGGAGAGGAUCGUGCCUGCUACUGAUCAUCGGAAACAAUAUUAUACCAAGGCUCAAAAGGAAGUUUUCGAAACCAACAAGCGGGAGGUGACUGUAGUGAUGAUGAAAAAUUACCCCCAGCUUCUGCGAAAAUACGUGGCUGACAAGGCAAAAGCUCCUUCGUUAAUUCAAAUUGUCUUGUAUAUGGAUCUUGAGCUUUAUUCCUUGAAGAGACAGGAACAGAAUUUCAAGACUGUACUUCAGCUGAUGAAGGAGGCAUUUUUUAAACAUGGAGAUAAGGACACACUUAGGUCUUGCGUAAAGGCUAUGAACUUCUGUUCAAUGGAGAGCAAGGGUGAGCUGCAAGAAUUUUCAAACAAUAAAUUGAAAGAACUCGAAGACGAACUUGUUGAAAAGCUCAAGAAUGCUAUGGAGGAAGUUGAGGAUGGUGAUGAUGAGUAUCCUCUUCUUGUGAACUUAAAAAGGCUCUACGAGCUUCAACUGUCGAGAUCUGUUUCUAUUGAUAAUUUGUAUAAGAAGUUUGCCUCUAAGCUUGAUAAUUUCAGAAAUGUAGACGAGGAGGUGAACUGUUUUCUGCUGCUUAACAUGUUUCUUCAUAUAAAUUGGUGUCUCUACUCCGUUGUGAGCUCUGAAUCUGUAAAUGAAGCGUCUGUGUCUUCUUUACUCUCUAAACGUGCUACUUUAUUGAAGCAACUAGAGUAUAUUUUCCCCCCUUCUCAAGUUGGAGUGGAAAUGAAGCUAGGAAAUCAGCUUGCCAUCAGAGUUUGUACAAUACUUGCUGAGCUCUGGUGCUUAUUUAGAAAAUCUAGAUUCUCUUCUACAGCACUGGAAAAUCUGGGAUUUCUCCCACAACAGUCUACUCUUGAGAAAUUUUGGAAACUUUGCGAGCAACAGCUUGAUGUAUCAAAUGAGACUGAAGACGCGGAUGUUAACAAAGAGUAUGUAGAAGAGACAACUCGAGAUGCUGUUGUUAUUGCUGCUGGGAAGUUGGUCACGAGCGAUGUGGUUCCCGUGGAAUACCUUGCUCCAGAGAUUAUAUCUCAUUAUGUAAUGCAUGGAAGCAAUAUAGCUGAGGUGGUUAAACAGUUAAUAGCUGUUCUAAGGAAAAAAGAUGAGAAUAUCUUUGGCAUAUAUUUAGAGGCACUUAAAAGGGCAUAUCAUCGGCAUAUGCUCCAACUUUCUAAAAAUGGUGAUAAAUCGGCUACGAACAAGUCCUUUCUUGAUUGCAAAGAACUAGCUGUACAGCUAUCAGGAACAAUCGUUGGUGCUGCUAGAAGUAAGCAUAGACUGGACAUUCUGAAAAUUGUGAAGGAUGGUGUAGAUUAUGCUUUUGCAGAUCCACCUCAGCGGCUAUCUUUCUUAGUUGGUGCUGUUGUCCCUUUUGUUGAGAAACUUCCAUCCACAGAUCUUCCUGACCUCUUAAGAAAUAUCGAAGGACGAACAGAAAAUAUAAAUACAGAUGAGGAUCCUAGUGGUUGGCGACCCUAUCACCUGUUUGUUGAGACCCUACAGGACAAAUGUGCAAAGGUGGAAAGUUUUGCAGGUGCUGAUGAAAAAGAAGCAGCAUCUUUAAGACGUCGACGCCGACCACCUAAGCAAUGUAAUCUCCAGGGGAAAAAGUUAUUUGAUGAGCAGAGUUCAAGUGGGGAAGAGGAUGCAAUUAGUUCAUCAGACCAGGAAGCUCCUAAUGAAGAAGAUGAGCAGGAUGAAGAAGAAGAGGAUGCUACUUUAAUUGAUGUACUGAAGUCAGCAUCAAAGUUCCGGUCCAAGAAAUUUUCUAGACCAGAGAACAGUGGUUAGUUGGAGAUCUGGACAAGUACCACAUAAUCUAACAGCUUUGACAACGUCAGGGACAUUGAACUACGGAUGGAGCAAAUUGCAACUGAUAUUAAGACCUAUCAUCUACCAUAUAAAUUUCGUGUCUGUGUUCUUGAGCAGCCCUUUGAUUUUGUAAAUGUAAAAGCUAGCUAGGGUUUGUCUAAAAUGGGUACUCUAUUUUAUGCUUGUAAAGAGUUUAUUUUUUCCUAGGUUGAUUACUUUUCUUCAUGCCAUCUGUAAAAUUAUACGAACUAUAAAGUAAUUUCUAAUAGCAUUCAGGUAGGUGUAUAGAACGAUGUACAGCCAUGUACUCGAACAAAUCUCCUGAUAUGGACUUAUCUAUGUUACUGCCUAUCUUGCUUGCACAUUCACAA